AUGACGCAGGCCGAGAAAGAGCAGGACAACGGGAAGGAGAAGGAAAAGGAGCGAGACAAGGAGAAAGAGAAGGAGCAGCAGCGCGGAGUGAAGAGACCCAUCGCUCCUGCAGCGAUCCCUGAACCUGCCCAGGAACAAAUACAGAGCAAUUUUGUCAUCGUAAUCCCUGGAUCAAGAACGCUUCGCAUUGGCCGAGCCACAGACACCCUUCCUGUCAUUAUCCCUCAUGUAAUUGCGCGGCGGCAUAAGCAGGGUGGACAGGCGAGGUAUGAAGAUGCUUGGCUGCUGAGAGAGGGUCUGAAUAAGGCAGAGAGCAGCGAGCAGAGGCAGAAUGGACUGAAAAUGGUGGACCAGGCCAUCUGGUCCAAGAAGAUGUCCAACGGUGUGAGAAGGACUCCUGUGUCUGCUGAACAGGCCAGGGCUUAUAACUGUCAGAUCCGUCCAGCAGUUCUAGACAGCAGUUCAAGAGUGAAGUGGACAAACACAAGCCACCAUCCCAAUUAUCUGGUGGGAGAGGAGGCUCUGCAUGUGAAUCCAUCAGACUGUUACAACCUCCACUGGCCUGUGGUCAGAGGUCAGCUCAAUGUGCAUUCUGGCUCUGGAGGGUCUCUGACCGCAGUGCUGGCCGAUCUCGAGACGCUGUGGAGUUACGUCAUUCAGAAGCAUCUGGAGAUUCCCCUAAAAGAGCUAAAGUAUUACAGAUGCAUCCUGUUGGUCCCCGACAUCUACAACAGACAGCAUGUAAAGGUUGUCAACAUGUUGCUACAUAACAUGGGUUUUUCAGCCAUCAUUGUGCACCAGGAGUCAGUGUGUGCUACAUUCGGCAGCGGGUUGAGCAGUGCUUGUGUCGUGGAUGUGGGCGAUCAGAAGACCAGCAUCUGCUGUGUUGAGGAUGGAGUGUCCCAUCGAAACUCAAGGCUCUGUUUGGCCUAUGGUGGUUCAGACGUGACCCGCACUUUCUUCUGGCUCCUGCAGAGGGCAGGGUUUCCCUACAGAGACUGCCAGCUGACCAGCAGGCUGGACUGUCAGCUCUUGCAGCAUCUAAAGGAGACAUUCUGUCAUCUGGAUCAGGACAUAUCAGGGUUACAAGAUCAUGAAUUUCAGACACGAUUCCCAGGCCCGGCUCUUUUAUACCAAAUUCGACUCGGGGAUGAAAAAUUACAGGCGCCAAUGGGUCUGUUCUACCCAAGCACAUUCGGCAUCGUUGGUCAGAAAAUGACAUCACUACAGCACCGUUCCCAAGGCAACUCAGAAGAUCCCCAUGAUGAACACUACCUGCUCUCCACACAGAGCAAAGGGGACCAGUCCUCUAAAUCUGCAGCUGAGCGUAAGGCCGUUUCCAGGCCAGGCGGAGGUUUGGAUGGUGAACUGAGCUGCCAGGGGAAUGGGGAGAUGUCCGACAUGCCCAGAGGCUGUGGGAGCGGGAGUGCAGCAGGAGGAGGAAUGCUUGGAGAAAUGGAGCUGGGGCCAAGCCAGGGCGAGUGUCUGAUGGCUCCAGGAGAGGCGGAAGAGCCGCUGUCCGCUCACCUGUCCAGGAAGACGGCCAUCAUUAGCCAGUUCGAGAGCAAGGCUUUGGGCCUGGACAAGGCUAUCCUGCAUAGCAUCGACUGUUGUGCGUCGGAUGAAACCAAACGGAAGAUGUACAGCUCCAUCCUGGUGGUGGGAGGGGGGCUCAUGUUUCACGGAGCUCAGGAAUUCCUGCUUCAUCGCAUCAUCAACAAGAUGCCGCCAUCCUUCAGAAGGCUGGUCGAUAACGUGGAAGUCAUCACACGACCUAAAGACAUGGACCCCAGGCUGAUUUCAUGGAAGGGCGGAGCAGUGCUUGCGUGCCUGGACACCACGCAGGAGAUGUGGAUUCACCAGAGAGAGUGGCAGCGCUUCGGUGUCAGAAUGCUCCGAGAAAGAGCUGCAUUCGUCUGGUGAAACCCAACUGAGGUCCUGAAGCUAAAACGCACCACUUAUACAUCAGAGGGCAGACAAGGAAAGGGACAAAUUGCAUAUCAUUUGGUAUGUAUAGUUGUUCUGAUUGACGUUUGUAACCCAGGAUGCAUUUUAUAGUUUUCUGUUUAUAAGAUGUCUUCUAUAGAAUUUUAAUUGUUCUGUAAAGAUUCCUGUUUUCACAUUUUCAUGCAGGAAGUGUAAAUAAACUCGUCUCAU